AUGAAGAACAUGAACAACAACAACAAUAACAACGGCGCACCCAACCCAACGGACACUCGACGGAUCCCGAGGACGCAAAGCCCGAAAAAUAUUAGCCGGGCUAGGCCAUGGAUCGGAUUAGAUAGUCCUGGACCAGGACCCCCAGCGACGAAGCCCGGACGAGGGCCGGACGGGGAUUCUGUGAACCCAGUGGCUGUCCUGUCCUGUCAGAGCGCGAGAAGCUCUGAAUUUUCGCUGCGGGCGAAAUCUCGGAAUCCGCGGGCCGCCCGUUCGCGCAGCUGA